AUGCCCGGCUUCGAUUUCACCAACUAUAACCGUAACGCUGCGCUACAUGCACGAGGGGUUCCUUUGCCAAAGGCCACAAGCACUGGAACCACCAUUGUAGGUUGUAUAUACGACAAUGGUGUCGUGAUUGCAGCGGAUACUCGAGCCACGAGCGGUCCCAUAGUUGCUGACAAGAACUGCGAAAAACUACAUUACAUCUCCCCGAAUAUCUGGUGUGCAGGCGCUGGUACUGCGGCCGACACCGAAUUCACGACCGCUCUGAUCUCGUCGAACCUUGAACUCCAUGCUCUCUCCACUGGUCGCACACCUCGUGUUGUCACUGUCAUGACUAUGUUGAAGCAACAUCUAUUCCGGUAUCAAGGGCACAUCGGGGCAUACUUGGUUGUUGCUGGGGUGGAUCCUACAGGAGUUGGAUUGUUCACUGUCCACGCUCACGGUUCAACAGAUAAAUUGCCUUAUGUCACCAUGGGCUCUGGAUCUCUUGCUGCAAUGGCAGUAUUUGAAUCGAAUUGGAAGAAGACCCUCUCCAGAGAAGGGGCGAUCAAACUGUGUUCCGAUGCCAUUCUGGCCGGUAUCUUCAAUGACUUGGGAUCUGGGAGUAAUGUCGACGUCUGUGUCAUUGAGAAGGAUAAGCCAUCGCAAUUACUGAGAAACUACAUCACCCCCAACCAACGUGUCAAGAAGGAGCGCAAUUACAAGUUCGCCCGUGGUACGACGGCAGUUUUGAACCAGAAAAUCAUCACCAAGGAGGAGAUUGGCCGAUAUAUCACGGUACAAGAACUCGGCACUGGCAGUGACUCCGACAGUCUAGUUGUUGUGGAGAAAAUGGAUGUGGACGAGGUCUGA